AUGACUGAAAUUGAUGAAGAAAUUGAUGUGAAAAAUAGAGUUAUGAUCGAGAAAAAGCUCGGGAGCGAACAGGAUGGAACCAAGAAGGAAAUCCCUACAGGAUGGUCCGACAGACUUGGUCUCACUCACUCAAGCCCUGUAAGAGCAUCCAGACCCUCUCCUCUUCCUACAUUGGCAUUACCAAGAAGGGACGCUGCCAAUAGAUCAAUAGAGCAGUCCUCAUGCAGACACAUACCAGAGGGCACUUCAGCAUAUCCAAUGUCAACGGCAAAAUUUCUGAAGAAAGUUAUGACCAUGUUAGCAAACAUCCGAGUAGAACUGCGUGAGCAACGGGAGGGAAAAGAAAUGGCCAUAUCAGACCUUCAAACAAUUCCCUUUCAGACGCGAAGCAUCGAUGAAUUACAGAGGAUCGAUGACACAUUGAAAAGUCCAGAAGACUGUUUGAAAAUGACUAUGGCCCUUGCAUGUGUUGGUGGAAGCAGCAUCAAUGAAAAUGCCAGAAAAAUCCUCCAGAAAUGCUGUAGUACGUACUAUGCGAUGCACAGAAACUACAGCAGAAACAGCCAUGUAUGUAGCCUUGAAGUAUGCCCCAGACAGGAUAGGAGGUGGUGGAAGGAAGAAGGCUGAUGGGGAACUGCUUUCCUAAUACACACAUUGUCAUGACACUGAAAUAUAUUGUCUUUGUUGCUUGAUUGAAUCAACUUUAUUACGUAAAUUUAUGCAACAAGAAAUUUUGAUUUAGGAUAACAUAACGUCACAACAAUGUUGUAUAAACGUUACAUAAACGUUGCAUAUAUGUUAUAUAACGUCAUAUCACAACGUCGGGAAAGACGUUCAUAAAAAAUUCACUGACAACCUUACCACAACCAGAAACCGACCUUUUGGCAACGUUGCAUCAACGUCAUGUGCCCACUGGGAUAACACUAUUUAUGACCAUGUAUGUUGCAUUUAUACCGAGGAUAAUAUUUUGUAGCAUUUAUUUUUGUUCUCUUGCUCUCUCUCCGUUUACCUUUUGACUGCAAAGUCAGGCCUUGAAAAUUCAGUUCAGGUCUUGAAUUCGGUUUAAUAUAAUCUUUAUGAAUCCUAGUGUGAAAGAGCGAUAACUUUGACCAGGGGGAGAGUCGGACAGGGAGAGGUCAGAAAGUCUAAUUAAUGAGUUAUGUCAGUGCCGCGGCUGUGUGGAGGUCGUGUCAGGAGAGGUUAUCUGAUAAUUAGAUUGUUUUAGGGUUAGAUGGUGAUUAUGAAUGAAGGAACGUGUUGAAAUGCUAUUAAAAUGAGAAAUGUUAUAGUCUGAGAGUCAGGGAGCGAGCUGUUGAGAAUCAACAGGUAUUGGGUUUGAUCAGAAAGGGGGCGUAGAAAAAGGUUAGUAUGCUUGUGUGUAGCCAGGUGGUAGUUGUGGUACGAACGUUGGAGUGCCAACAUGUGAGCAGUGAAAGUGUAGCGUAAAUA